AUGACACAGAAAGGCAAACUCCAAUUCCUCAUUCGCUCCUUCAAGCUAGCGGACCAGUCUUCGCGAUUUCGGCCCAUAGCGCGGGAGCUCAAUGUGAUCCUGUUACACUUGACUCCCAAUGUUUACGAGCCACUGGCGGAUGAGAACUACGAAACAAUCACGCUGAAGACCCAUUCCUACUGGCCAUGGCUACAGCAGCUCGCCUUGCUGCAUAUAACCAUGGCAACCAAUGGAGAUCACCCAGAUAUCAGUUUGAAGAAACAACUUGGUCUCAUCAGCACAACUAGUUACAUCGUUGGCAGUAUCAUAGGUGUGGGUAUUUUCAUUAGCCCGACAGCCGUACUUGAAGGGGUAGGAUCCUCAGUGGGCUUGUCGCUCAUUGUGUGGGCGCUGUGUGGAGCUUUAACCUACUGCGCUGCGAUGUGCUAUGCUGAAUAUGGUACCCGUGUUAAGAAAUCCGGGGGCACCUACACCUACAUCCGAGAGGCUUUCGGAGACCUGGCUGGGUUUGUGUUCCUGUGGACGCAGCUGGUCAUUGUCCGGCCCCUGUCCAUCGGACUGGCGUCGCUGACGGCCGCAGAGUACAUCGUGAGACCUGCCUUCCUGUCCUGCCCCGACAUGGCCCCGACAUCAGCUAAAGCCAUGCUUGGAUUUGUCAUAUUGGGUAAAUCUGUCACAUUGUCAGAUAAAAUAUGUAGUCAACUUCUUUGCCUGUUCAAAUGCUCAGUUGUUGCGAAGAGAGGUAUAUAUACUCAAGAACAAAACUUCCUGUGA